GUUAGUAUUCACAGAACGAAUAAAUGGGGACAUGUAGAUCUAUAAUUUGAGUUAAAACCAGUAAAUACUCCUCCUUUUAUUUUUUUGUUUCAUUUUGUGUUUAUCAUUCUUUUAAUUGAUAUGAUUAGGAGUCGGAAAAUCUAGGCUAGAAUAUUUUUAAUAUUACAGUCUUUUUACAGAUCAACUGGAUGUAGGCUAAAUUUGGACAGUAGAAGUAGAAAAGACAGAGGAAAAAAGGAGUAGGCCUACGCAUGCCAUGGACAGGAUAAAAGUGAUAAGCGGCAAAGUUGCCAGGGGGGCUUUUCUGGCAGUCGGUGUACCAUAUGGCAUAGCCAUUAUUACAAACAUUGCAUUGGGAUGGCCUUGCAGUCAACAAGGGGAGGAUAAGUAUAAAAGAGCACUGAACCCAUCCAGAGUCCUCAAAGUCAGCUAUGCCUUAGCAGAACAGUUCACUCUAGUGAGAUUCCUCCCUCUGAAUAUCAAGUGGAGUUUGUUGUAUAGAGCUGGAAACAAAGUUGUGAAGGAUGUCAAGUAUGGGGUGAAUGGCAACACUUUGGAUGUUUGGACGCCAUAUUCCUCCAGCAAUACGUACCCCGAGCCCACCCGACCAGUCGUGGUCUUUGUUUAUGGAGGAGCUUGGGGGUCAGGGGACAAGGCCAUGUAUGGGUUGUUGGCUCAAGAAAUAAUGGAUAAUCUUGGGGCUCUUGUGGUGAUACCAAACUACAGCAUUUAUCCAAAGGGUGAUGUGAAGGAGAUGAUUUGUGAUGUCCAUGACACCGUUGCUUAUAUAAAAUCACCCAGCUUCCAUGAGACAUUUCAUGAUGUCGAUCAGAAUAAGAUUAUUCUCUUUGGACAUUCUGCCGGAGCCCAUCUUUGUGCCCAAUCAGUGAUAGAGCUGUCUGAGGGGAUCCUGGAAAGGAGUGGAUCGGAUCGGCCAGCAGAUGGAAUCAAAGUUGAAGAGAGGGACGGGAUGACAGAAGCAGACACUUCAAAGUUGUUGGACAGUUCUGCGUUUUCGCCCAGUGAGCUGCUCUCGUCGAUCAGAGGAGUGGUUGGUGUGGGCGGAGUCUACCACAUCAUGGAUCACUACCACCAUGAAUCCUGGCGAGGGGUGGAGGAUCUCUCCCCCAUGUGGAGAGCCAUGAACGGUCUGGAGAACUUUGAUCAUUUCUCCCCGACGGAGAGGGUUUUAAAGAUGUCACAGCAACAGAUAGAAAGAUUGCCUCCCAUCUACCUCAUCCACGGCACCGAUGACAAGGUCGUCCCUUUGUCCUCGACCGAGAAGUUUUCCACAACACUCACCGAGCGGGAGGCGGACGUGACAGUCCGACUAAUAGGGGAAGGGGGUCAUGCGGAACUUAUCAUGGAUUUGAUGGAGCGUGGGAGGAAGUUUUAUGAUGUAAUGAUGAACCUCAUCACAUUGGAGUUUGCUGAUAAGGUUUUUAAAUAAUGCAAAUAAAUGACUGCAAGGGCAUGUUUUUUUUAAAGCAUCACAGCUCAAGCUGGAUGCCAUCUUUAUGGAAAGCCAAGCUGGACAAUAAUUGUGUGUAGAAGAGACACAAUUAUGAUUAUCCGCUUUUUUAUAUAGCGCUUAAUACAUCAGAACGACGUGUCUAAGCGCUUUACAGAUAUAUGAUUACCCAGUCACCAGAUUCAAUCAGUCAUUCCCGCGCACAAUGUGUGCACAUCCUCCACUCCCUGGGUAGUCGUCCAGUCGGUCGCCGGUGAGGCGCACACAGGACUGGACAAGCUACAAUGAAUUUCACAUCCUACCGGGUAUCCAUUUAGCACCUGGGUCGAGAGUGGCAAAGUGUGGAUUAACGCCUUGCCAAAGGACGCCAGACCGCGGUGGAAUUCGAACACACGACCCUCUGUUUACAAAGCGAGAGUCAGAACCACUACACCACAGCUCCUCCACAAUUGUGCUGUACACAUGCAAAUCCUAUGCAUCUGCAUUUUGUCCAGUCAGCGUAUUGUCUAGCUUGGUUUUCGAUAGAGGUGGCAUCAAGCUAGAGUUAUUACACUUUCAUUAUACAAGCCCGAGGAGUAUUCUAGAAGUGUGUGAACUGAUUUGCCUUUGCAACUAUUACAAGAUGUUUAUUUGAUGGAUAUGAAAUAACAAAUGAUGAAUUUGUGGCAGGUGAUCAGUGAUCAACAGUAUUCAGAAAUAAUUCAAAGGUUUGUGAUCUAUUACACAGUGAGUGUAUUGAAAAAUCAGUGGCCAAGUCCACCGUAAAAACAAGUUGAUAAUUGGAGGAAAAUUAUGCAAAAUAUUUCUAUUUGUUUUCCCAAUGAUGUUCAACAUGGUUGAACUCCUUGAUCAUAUGGAACUGCCUUUAUGAUUUUAUCAAGGUCUUCCUUAGUUAAAGAUUUAUAUCAUUAAAAAAAAGGAAAUAGUGAACACUUGACCAGGGAGCCGUUUCAUAAAGCUGUUCAUAAACAUGAUUAGUGAACCUUUCUUGUACUCAACAAGAUAGAUACCCAAAAGUUUUCCUUUUCAACAUAAUAGAGCGCAUUACCUAUAAUCCUAAUCAAAUUUUGAAACAUUGAAUUUCACAUUUAGAUGUAUAAUUUCAAUCUAAAAAGAUUGGAUUUCAAUUCAACCUUAAAUGAUAGAAAUUGAAAUAAUUGAGAAUCCGGUCUAGCACAAGAAAGGGUCACCAGUCUUACACAAAGUUAUUCAUAACUUACAAACAGCUUUAUGAAAUUCCAUCCUGGGGGUCCGUAACACAAAGCUUAGCAAUCAUUGUAGCACUUUUUUUUAACGAUUGAUUGCAUGGACUACAAUGUUUAAUCGAUCUUGAAAAUCAAGCGUAUGAUUAAUUGCUAACCUUUGUGUUACGGGACCCAGAUGUGGCAAGAUUCCUGCUGUGAGGGAAUGUUGAUGAUCAGAAGAACUUGUUCAACCAAAUUUUUUGUGUAUUUUUAUAGAUAUGAUUUUCAUUAACGUGUGCAAUUAAAAGACACUUUUUUGUUAUCCAGUCAGUGCAAUUAGAUCUAUGCACAAUGGAACUUGAUUGAUAUGUGUAGAUUACAUGUAUUAUCUUUAUUGGGCAUUUAAGCAGUGUGCAAUACAUAUUUUAGUCCAGGGCCCCGUUUCGUAAAGACUUGUCAUAAUAACAAAUGCAAGAUUUUUAUAACAAAUUUACUUUCAGCCAAUCAGAUUGAAUGAUUCCAGUGGCUUAUAACUGUUAUUGUAUUAUGAAACGGACCCCAGGGCUCCGUAACACAAAGAUUAGCGAUCAAUCGCUAAAUGAAUUGACCAAUCAAGAUCAACAUUUCAUGCACAUUUGUCGCAUAAUAUUGACCAGGAACCAAUCAGAAGUGUUCUCUCAUAUUUGUUAAUCUUUGUGUUACGGACCCCAGAUGUGUGAUUUGCCUGUACAUGUACACACUCUUUUGCAUGAUGCACCAAAAUCUGACAAAUGUGAACUAAAGUUGCUAUAAAAUAUCAGUAUGACAUGGUCUAUUGAAAAAAGAAGAUUAUAUUGGGUGACUUUUCUUCAUGAGAUACCAGGAACAUUUUCACUUUAUAAGGGCCGAUAUUGCACUCCUCCCCGAUUUGUGCAAUAUUUCUAAACUUGUGGAAUAUUUAUGGUAUCCCAUCCUGACUUCUAAGCUAUCCAAUAUAAUAAAGUAUUUGUUAGAUGUAUUGAUGAAAUUAGUUGAUACAUGAAAGAGAAUAACUCCUCAAUAAGUACGGGUAUAUUCACAUAUGAGACAUUUAUUUCUUGCAUUUUAUUGUUGCAAGUCAGCUGCCAGAUAUUGCAUUAUUUUGAAGUUUGAUGCAAUUUUCAGUACAGGAAGUAUGUAUAUGGAGAGAGAAACUGGUAAGAUAGUAUUACUUCAUUAGCUCUUACAAUCAAAUUACUGGGAAUCAGAAUUAUCCAUGACCUGUUGCAAAAUAAUUUUUUUUUUUGCAAUAAAACACAACUUUAUUGGCAAGUCAAAAUCAAUCGAAAGUGCUCGGCAUUUGGGAUUUUUUAAAUUUGCAUAAACCUUUAUUUAGUCUCCCGGGCCCCCAUUAACCCUUUCCAUGCGUACUUCGCACGUAUGCACACUUGGUGCCGUGCGAACUUCGCAUUUCACGCUCAAGUAAACAAUGCAUUGUUUCCCUCCCUGAAAAGAAUUCAGCACAGAGGGGUUCGUGGCCCAGCGCACAAAGAGUUAAGGAUCUCGGCUGUCAACAAAAAUUUGGCACUUGUGUUUUCAUUGGGAUAUAUAUAGAACUGCACAGUUCAUAUUUCUGGGAAAAUUAUAUGAUUUCAUUGGUUAUGCUUUUCUUCAUGCAUGAAAUCAAAAUAUUUGCUCUAAGUCAAUAAAAGUAAACAUAUUUGGUUUAGAGAAUAUGGUUUUCAUAGCAAAUCUCCAAAAGAAUUAAGAUUAUACUUUUUUUAAUGGUAUUAAAAAUUAUAGCACGAAGACUAAAUGGGUAAUAGACAAAAUUACAUUAGAUCAAGAGAUGAUUCAACAUAAAAUGAUGGUUAAGAUUUCUACUCCUUAUGUGAAAUAGCAUUUUUCUCAAAUCUUUACUGUACUUAUGAAAAAAAUGUCUACUGUUAUUGCAAUCUUUUAUCAAAUAAUUGUGGAGCCAAAGCUCAUUCCACUUAAGAAAUAUGUUUAUAUUGUAUUUUAUGAUGAUAUUGCCUUCAUUCAGGUUAUAAUUUAUUGAUUGUCAAUCAAAUUGAUGUUUUGAUAAAUAAAUAUAUAAAUUCAAUCAUGUU